UCAGUAUGACUGGCCAGCUAUCAGUACAGGAGUAAAAGCAAAGGCUUGUGACACAUCUGGUGAGUGCAACCAGUGCAUAGCCAAAAGCACGGGACGGUAAACUAAAAUCUCUACCAUGGUGAACAGGAGGCGAAAUGGGUCCCGUGCUAAUGGUCGUGCUGGUCGAGGAGGGGUUCAAACACAGCAACAGCAGCAGCGCAAACGGCCACCAAUUAAGGCUCUUAGAGAACCAGCCAUCUUUGCUAAACAAUCAGGCAGCGCCUCAGACACCCCACAUGACAAAGUGACUUUAGCCCAGGCUCGCCGUGGCACUCCAGCUCAUCGGCCCGUACGAGUGUAUGCCGAUGGAAUCUUUGACCUCUUCCAUUCAGGUCAUGCCCGGGCUCUGAUGCAGGCCAAGAACUUGUUCCCAAACACGCAACUGAUUGUUGGCGUAUGCAGUGAUGCCCUGACACACAAGUAUAAAGGCUAUACAGUGAUGACAGAGGAUGAACGCUAUGAAGCCCUUAUACACUGUCGUUAUGUGGACGAGGUGGUCCGUGACGCUCCCUGGACCCUCACAUCUGAAUUCCUGGAAAAACACAAGAUUGACUUUGUGGCACAUGAUGAUAUCCCAUACACCUCUGCUGGAUCAGAAGACGUCUAUAAACAUAUCAAAGAAGCAGGAAUGUUUGUGGCUACUCAAAGAACGGAGGGGAUCUCUACCUCUGAUCUCAUCACACGUAUUGUUCGAAACUAUGACGUAUACGUCAGACGUAACCUGCAGAGAGGAUACACAGCACGGGAACUCAACGUUGGCUUCAUCAAAGAGAAGAAGUAUCGUCUACAAGAGCAGGUGGACAGAAUGAAGGAGACGGUGAGAACGGUGGAGGAGAAGUCCAAACAUUUAGUGCACCGUGUCGAAGAGAAGAGCCACGACCUCAUCUACAAAUGGGAAGAGAAAUCUCGCGAGUUCAUCGGAAACUUCCUAGAGUUGUUUGGUCCGGAUAAAGCCUGGCACAUGAUCCAGGAGAGGAGCGGUCGUGUUCUCCAGGCUCUGUCUCCCUAUCAGUCCCCAAAAACAUCGCCAAGCUCCAGUCCCACCAGAGGACGCUCAACAUCGCCCGUCACCCACUGGCCCCUGCUACGCUUCCGUUCACCACCGCCUAAAGGAGCAUCUGUCAGCAGCAGUGAGGGUGACGAAGGGGAAAUGUAGAUGCCCUUAAAUGUAGACACCCUUACGUUUAAUUUUCUGUAUUUUAUGCAUAAUACAGAUCUACAAAUGCAUGCUGCUCAAAGUCCAAACUGACUUUAUAAUUCUAUAGAAGAAAUUUUUAUUUCCCACAAAACACAGAACUGAACACUUCAUAACUUGUCUUUCGACUUAAAGGCCUGUUCACACCAAAAAGGAAAAAUAUCGCUAACUAUAUUUCACACCAACGUGUGACAACUUUCUGUUUAUUA